AUGUGGUUCUGCCUGUCAGGAAGUUCAGGAUCCAAUCACAGAGGGCGGUUUGGUCUGUAUGCAACACCCAAAGUGGGUCCAGUGAGUCAGGGAGGAGGUGAUGAAGGUUUUGACUAUCCGCUCGAAGCACUUCACGAUGGCGGAGAGCAGGUCUGUCCGCUUCACUUCUUCUCUCGCUGCUCUCGCGCUGUUUAUACUGACGUCACACCCGCCGCCAGCGCAGCGGGAGGGCGGCCGUAUUCUCAGCUUUACGUGUGUCCUGCAGACGUCCAGCAGCUGUCGCUGAGGAAAGAAGAGGUUCCCCCUGAGCAGCAGGAGUGGAGCCCCAGUCUGGACCAGGACCCAGAGCCCCCACACAUUAAAGAGGAGCAGGAGGAGCUCUGGACCAGUCAGGAGGGAGAGCAGCUUCAAGGGCUGGAGGAGGCCGAUAUCACCAAGUUCCCAUUCGCUCCUGUCCCUGUGAAGAGUGAAGAAGAUGAAGAGAAACCUCAGUCCUCACAGCUUCAUCAAAGCCAAACUGAACAGAUGGAAACAGGAGCUGAUGGAGAGGACUGUGGAGGACCAGGACCAGCCAGGAACUCGGAUCCAGAUACACAUUUACAACCUGAGACUGAAAACGGUGAUGACGGUUGGAAGGAGACGAGAUACCCUCCGUCAGGUUUAAACUCUUUGAACAAUAAUAACGUACCAGCAAGUGAAAAGAGUUGUAAUAAAGGCGGGAAAUCGCUCAGCUGCUCUGAGUGUGGCAGAAGAUUUGGCCGCAAGACAAAUCUGAAGAGACACAUGAGGAUUCACACAGGAGAGAAACCGUUCAGCUGCUCCGUCUGACAGCGGGAGCUGCUGGCCGCUGUUUUCCAGCCUCAGCUUCGGCUGCACG